GCUGCACGUGCUGUUCAGGAGCAAGAGCACUGAUCGGGGCUAAAGCAAGCAGUAGCCCUGAUACAGGAAAAAUUUGCCUCUUCUAGAUUCUUCUCACAGUUUGAGACAUCCCAGGUAUCAGUGUUCUGUGUCAUUGUCAGCAGCAUCAUUUUUGUGACCAAAGAAUACCCCUCAUCUCGAAACAUCACUCAUCUAUCUCAUCAUGGCACCUGCAAGCCAUAUGAACUACCAGAAGGACGAGAGAGUCCUUUGUUUCCACCAUGAGAUUCUCUAUGAAGCAAAAAUCCUUGACCUAAGGCAUAUCGAUCCUGACGACCGCAAGAGUCCGUAUGAGUACCUUGUCCACUACAAGGGGUGGAAGAACACGUGGGACGACUGGGUCCCACAAGAUCGACUUCGUAAAUUUACAGAUGAGAAUCGAGAGUUGGCCACGACUCUCCGUCGUGAGGCUGAGGCUGCUUUCCGCCAAAAGAAUGUGAAGCCAUCUGUGAAGAAACGGGGAGGUUCCGAUCGCAGUUCCGCCCGGGACAGUGAGGAGAGGCAAACUUCAGUUCCGGGCCGCGGGACGAAGAGAGCACGAGAAAAUGAUAUUGAAAAGGAGGAGAGCUUCUAUGUCCGGCCAUCAGUGCGGAUUGUCAUGCCCGACAAUCUGAAAUCCCUUCUGGUCGAUGACUGGGAGAAUAUCACUAAAAACCAGCAAGUGGUGGCACUGCCGGCGAAAUGCUCAGUUAGCCAGAUCUUGGAUGACUAUGUCAAGGAGGAAAAGCCUAAGCGGACGAGCACGGCUGACCUGGAUGUUCUCGAUGAGAUCGUCAUGGGAAUCCGGGAAUACUUCUACAAAGCACUUGACAAGAUUCUUCUCUAUCGCUUUGAAAGGGAACAGUAUCGUGUGAUCCGCAAGAGGUGGGAGGAUGGCAAUGGGGACUGGGCCGACAAAGGUCCUCUUGAGACCUACGGCGCUGAGCAUCUGACGCGGCUUUUUGCGACCAUGCCUGAGCUCAUCGCCCAGACGAACAUGGAUGCUCAAUCCACGAACAGGCUUCGGGAAGAGCUCUCUAAGUUCACAAUCUGGUUGAGCCGCAACUCCGCCAAGUACUUUGCAACUAGGUACACGAAUGCCAGCAACGAGUAUAUCGAGAAGUCGCGCGGGGCUCCAAAUCCAGCUCCGGCCACGGCUACCUCGCGUCUUGUGUGAUGAACCGAGUAUGGGAGUUCUAGAGAUCUGAGGCGGUCAAUCUCGUGUGCUUUCCUGAUCUUCCAAGUGUUUUGGGGCCAAUUUUUGUGUUGUGGGCUGUGGAGCACAGUCCUGUGGCGCUCUGAUGCAUGCUAUGAUAAUGCUAUCACUGUAACAUUAAUAGGAUAAAACUGGCGCAAGUU